AUGCCAACGCGCAAGAUCGGGACAGACGACGUGUCCGCCAUCGGGUUCGGGAUGAUGGGUCUGGGGGGGAUCGCCGGGCCUGCGGGGGGAUGGGAGGAAAGACUGGCUCUGCUAGAUAGGGUGUUCGAGCUGGGCUGCACGUUUUGGGACAAUGCGAACAUAUACGGCGACGCCGAACCCCUCCUGGGCGAAUGGCUCCGCCGCAACCCUUCAAAACGGUCCAAGGUCUUCAUCGCUACCAAAUUUGGGUUCAAGCGGGAGGGGCAAAAGAUAGGCCUGGACCUAAGCCUGCAGGCGGCAAGGGAGUGCUGCGAGCGAUCGUUGAAGAUCCUGGGGGUGGAGACGAUAGACUUGUUUUAUGCGCAUCGGGUUGACCCGAAAGUGCCUGUGGAGGUGACGGUACGGGCGAUGGCCGAACUGGUAAAAGAAGGCAAAGUCCGCUAUAUCGGGUUAUCCGAGUGCUCCGCUAGCGCCCUCCGACGUGCCGCCGCGGUGCAUCCAAUCGCUGCCGCGCAAUAUGAGUACGCGCCUAUUACGCUGGAUAUUGAGGACCCGAAGAUCGGGGUGUUGAAGGUGUGUAGAGAACUGGGGAUUGCUGUGAUCCCCUUUAGCCCUUUGGGUAAGGGAGUGCUCACGGGCCAAUAUAAAUCGCCAGACGAGUUUCCAGAGGGUGAUAUUCGACGGAUCGUACCCCGGUUCUCGAAAGAGAACUUUCCGAAGAUCCUAGCUGUUGCUGGUGCAUUGCGAGAGAUCGGGCUCAGGCAUCAGGCGACGCCCGGGCAGGUGGCGCUCGCCUGGGUCUUGGCACAGGGAGAGGACUUCAUCCCUAUCCCAGGGACGAAGUCUAUCAAGUACUUGGAAGAAAAUAUCGGCGCUGCCUAUGUCAAGCUGGGGCCGGAGGAAGUGGAGGAGAUCAGACGACUCGCAAGGGAAAGCGGGGUAGGAGACGCCCUCCGUAUGAUUGAGGCGCAUUAUAAUGAGUUUGCGUACCAGGACUCGCUGCCUUUGGAGGAUUAUAAGGCUUAA